AUGGGCUGGCUAACACCCCCACAUGCGAACCAACACAUAAACCGCACAAAAACAUUCGUUGAAAUUCGAUUGGGAUUCUCGACUUCGCAGUGUGAAUUAGCCAUGGAAGACGAAAAUGAAACAAUGGACAAAUCUGAAUGGUUCUUUCCGCAUAACUUAAAAAAGAUUGAGGGGAGACCGCCAAUAUAUUCGCAAAACCGGCAAGAGCUUUGCGAGGCUCUCCCUUACUUUCGCUCAUAUCAAAGUGGUUGCUACGUUUCAGAUCAGCGGGCAACAGGCUACCUGUUGGACGGUUUCCCAGCACCCCGUGAUGUUUUUGAAGAUUCUGGAAGGGUGGUAAUCAGCCACGCUGGGGGUGGAUCCAUAAUUUCCCGACUUGAAGGAUCGAAAGCGCCCAAAUUGACAUUGGCCAGAUCUCAAGACAGAGAAAGUGCUCCGGUCCGAGCAUUGCUCAAAUGUAAGCAUGAGUGCGUGCCUGUGGCUUUAAUUGCUGGGGUGAAAUAUGCGGGAAUGCCAUGGAUUCGGAAAUACGACUCAGUACGAUACGCUGUACUUGGGCAUUAUCUAGUCACACAUUCUUGGCCAGAACUAGAAUCCAUAGGCGAACCCUCAAAUGUGCGUCGCUUUCGGUUCAAAUUUCGUUUUCAAUGGGUUUCGUCCCAAGGCGAUCCUUGGUGGCUAUCGGACUUGGAGGAGUAUUUCAAAUCUAUGAAGCCCCAAUCGGCAAACGCCUGUGGCCGACUGUCGCCCAGCUUGUCGGAUGACAAGCGCCAUCAAGCUACAAGUAAAAUGGACGGCGAGCCGAACAGCAUAAAUAGGAUUGAUUCCUCAGACCGCGAUAUGAUGGAAUUAAGUGAUGAAGAGCCUGUCACGUACCAGUGUAAUGCUUGCGGCAGGCACAGCUUGAAUAUAUACAAAGAUUGUUGGAUGUGUUUGAACGAAACUUGCAUACAUUUUUUUCGAACGAAUGAAUCGAAUGGUCCUUCGCAAACCGAAGAAAAAAUGCAUUACGUCUGGUGGUUCUUGAAACACCAACAGUCUUUCGAGACAGAAACCCGGGUACCAUUUUCACUCACACCAAAAACGUUGCAAAAACUCCGCGGGACGCAACUCGAAUUCGAAGCCAAUCAAGAACCAAAAACGGGAUUCUAUUGCAGCUCUUGCGGAAGACUUUCAAUCAGGAUCUAUUGGGGAUCCCUCGUUUGUUCCAAUGAGGAAUGUCAGAAAUACAUGACAGUUUUCCGUGGAUCUAUCUGUAACAUCACUGCCUCGUCCCUCCGAUUUUCCGUCAAAUUAUCGAAAUAUGAACAGUACUACUUAUGA